AUGAAGGACAAAAUUGCUGUCGAUGCCGAUUUCUAUACUCUGACCCAAGACUGGGAACCCUCAGACUUCCAGUCGGAAACUACAUCUUUAGCAUCUUCAAUUGCGAAGGGAAGGUUGGAAAAUGGUAGACGAUACCAGGCUAUGAAGGAAGAUGACUACUGGAGUCCUUCCGAUGACCAGCAAUUCGAGGCUUUUGAGAUUGGCCACAUGGUGUUUCUCGUAUUGGACUAUGACCGCGAAAACCCUCUCCACCACGCUCCCAUCGGCAAAUCUCCUCAGCAUAUUCUAGACAUUGGGACUGGUAAAGGAACAUGGGCUAUUGAUAUGGCAGAUAUGUAUCCUACUGCAACCGUCCGCGGCGUCGACAUCUUCCCCCCUCCCGUGACAUGGAUGCCGCCCAACUGCGUACUCGAAGUAGACGAUGUCCUCCGCGACUGGACCUGGAGAGAACCAUUCGACUUUAUCCAUAUGCGUCUAAUGCUGGGAGCAUUCACACCGGAUGGAUGGGAUCAAGUAUACAAGCAGUGCUACGACUCUCUUACCUCUGGCGGUUGGAUCGAGCAGAUCGAACUAGACGUGCGAUUAUACAGCGACGACGGUACCAUGAAAGAAGGCGGCCAUCUAGCCACAUGGGGAGAUAAUUUCAUCGGCUGCUCUGAGCGAGCUGGCCGUUCUCUUCUAACGCAGGAGACAAUGCGAGGUGCAAUAGAGAAGGCUGGAUUUGUCGAUGUGCAUGAAAAACUAUACAAAAUUCCUUUAGGGCCGUGGCCAAAAGAUAAGCUCCUCAAGGAAGCUGGACAGCUUCAAUAUGCUCAUUGGACUGCUGCGUUGGAGGGCUGGGCUAUGUGGCUGCUCACUAGGUUUGGUGCGCCGUCGCCUUGGACGCCAGAAGAGGUCCAGGUUUAUUUGUCGAAGGUUCGGGCUGAGUUGAGGAAUCCUCAGACACAUGCUUAUGAAUAUGCUCGCCGGGUAUGGGCAAGGAAGCCUACGGCGGAUGAAGAAAUAACCGGUUUGGCGAUUAAGAGCUCACCUUCUCAGGCGAGCCCUGGACAAUCUGUGAUCUCUUGA